GCGACGUCAUUUAUUAUAUAGUUUAAAYAAUCAAGUGAAAUAAAAUGCCAGAAAACCAGAGAAAAUCGUCUCCCGGACACUCAACUUCAUUUUUAAUCGAGGACAUAUUAUUCCGAUCAAAGAACAACAGGCCAAAUUCAGAGUUCCAGGUUACCAGUCACCAAAGAAGUAGAAAUCAUCAAUUGCCACAAAGUCAAGAAUGCUUUUCUAUGUUACCAUCAACGGUAGCUUCCGCAUAUUUAUCAUAUCCAGCACACUACAUGCAUAAAAAUGCUAUUGCAGAACCAUUUUUCAUUUCACCCCAAGGGGUACCUUUUGGAAGUAUUUGGGGUGCUCGAUCAGAUUACGGUCACGGACAACUAAGUUCUAGACUAUGUCGCAGACGAAAAGCUCGAACUGUAUUUUCCGAUCAACAACUCACGGGACUUGAAAAAAGAUUUGAAGUACAGCGAUAUUUAAGUACGCCAGAGAGGGUUGAACUGGCUACCGAACUGAGAUUAUCUGAAACACAGGUCAAAACAUGGUUUCAAAAUCGAAGGAUGAAACAUAAAAAACAAUURAGAAAAGUUAAUGACGAUACAGCGGCUAUUGGAUCAGAGAAACCUGCAGACAACACUGGGAACAAAUCGCUAACCACAGAUUAUCCUGUGGACUUUUCAUCUAAAGGAUCAGUUUGCGGUGGACUAGAUACUGGCAUCCAGGAAUCCAAGGAUUUAGCUCGACAAAGUAGGUCGCUUAACAACGAAGAUGAAAGGAGUCAACGAUACGACCUGAGUGAAGUCUCUGAAGUAGAUGACGAUGAUGAUGUCGAUGGUGCCGAUGAUGAGAUCAUAGAUAUUGUCGGUGACCACUCGCAUAUACUUAAUACCGUACAGCGAAAUUACGAACAACAUAGAUUUUUCUAAUUAAAAGCUAAACUAUCUUUUAUUAUAUUCUAUUAUCAUUAUUAUUACUAUUAAACUGUGCACAGAACAGUUAGAAACCAAUCUUAUCUAUA